AUGGUCAUUGAUAAUGAGGAGAAGAAAAAAAAAUGGGAAUAUGCAACAGAUGAAUAUAAAACAUGUAGUAAUAAUAUAGAUGAAGACAUAUUAAAAGAUGACAAAGAUGUUUCGUAUUUUGAAAAAGUGAAAAGUUCGGAUAAUGUUUUGAAGUAUGAUGAAUGUUCUCCUCUUAAGGAGAAAGAUACAAGUUACAAAGGGGAGCAUAUAAAAAGAGGACAAUUUUGUAAAAAUAAAAAUAAUAUUUAUAGUGAUGAUGAUAAUAAUAAUAUUUAUAAUGAUGAUGAUAAUAAUAAUAUUUAUAAUGAUGAUGAUAAUAAUAUUUAUAGUUGUAAUAAUUCUUAUGUCUCGACUCAUUUUGGUAAUACUAAAAGAAGUGACGACAUGAAUAAUGCUGAGAAUAAAAAAAAAAAAAAUGAAAAAGAUUUAUUUUAUGAUAAAGUUGACGAAAUAUUAAAUCGGCAAAGUGAUAACGAUGAUGAUUGGAUAUUCAAUGAAGAUGAUGAAAAAAAAAAUAAAAAUAAUGAUGGAAACGAUAAUAGAUAUGAUUAUAAUGAUUUACAAAAUAAUAAUAAUAAUGAUAAUAAUAAAUAUGAUUAUAAUUUUUAUGAUGAUGAAAAAAAAAAUAAAAAUAAUGAUGGAGACGAUAAUAAAUAUGAUUAUAAUCAUUUACAAAAUAAUAAUAAUAAUAAAUAUGAUUACAAUUUUGAUGAUGAUGAAAAAAAAAAAAGUCAUACCCCUUUUGAUUUUUACCAGGAAGAAAGACAAAAUAAAGCGUACUUCCUAAAUAUACAUACCUUAAAUUUUGAAGCUCAUAUGUUACACGCUCUUCUUAAAAAAAAUAAAUACAGACUUACAAAAUACAAUACAAACAUGAAUAAUAUGAUAUAUAAAUAUUUAUAUUUAUAUAAAAAAAAAAAAAGUUUAAAAUAUAAACAUUUGAAGGAACAAUCUUAUAAUAAUUAUACUAAGCAUAAAACAUAUAAUUAUCAUCAUACGAAUGAAAAAGAAAAAAAAAAAAAUACUCACGUAGAUAAACAAAAAAUAUAUGUUGAUGAUAAUAAAGGAAAUGUGUCGCCUGAACAAGUCAUACAUAAUAAAAUUGAAAAUAUGGAAAAAGAUGAUAAAGGUAAAUUUAAUAAGACGGAUCAAACAAAUAAAUUAUUAAAUAUAGAUUAUUAUAAUAAAAAUAAUAAAUAUGGAUAUAUAACACCUGACAAUGAUGAUGGUGAUGAUUAUAAUGAUGAUAAUGAUAAUGAUGAUAAUUAUAAUGAUGAUAAUUAUAAUGAUGAUAAUUAUAAUGAUGAUAAUUAUAAUGAUGAUAAUUAUAAUGAUGAGAAAAAGAAGAAAAAAAAUAAUUUGAUGGAUGUACAUUUUUUAUAUAUGGAAUAUUUUAUAAGAAAAAAAAAAUUAACCGAAUUAACAAACAUAUAUAAUAAAUAUAUAUAUAAUAAAGAUAAUUUAUUAUAUUUAAAAAAGUGGUAUUUGAAAAAUGUAUAUAUAUUGAACUCAAAAGGAUAUGAUGAAAGUAAUAUAAGAAUAAGUGAUCCAAAAAAAAUAUAUGAAUAUAACAAUAUAAAUAAUAAUUGUAGUGAUAUACCUGGAGGAGAGAACUCUGAUACGAGUUAUUAUUUUUCACCUCCAUCCAUAAAAACUUAUUGUUUAAAUAAUUAUUUCAUUUGCCUGCUUUCAAAAAAUAACGAAAUUAUUGUCAUUGGUUAUAAAUUUAUAAAUAUACACAACUUAAUAUUUUUCAAAGAAAAUAAUAAUAUUGAUGAUUUUUUUUUUAAAACAGAAGGACCUAUUAAUAUAAAUUUUAAUUAUUAUAAAUAUCCUCAUUAUGCUGUUAUAAAAAAUGAUCUUUGGAAAAAUAUUAAAAAUAUUAAAAAUAUUCAUAUUAAUGAUAAGAAUAAGUUAUGUGUAAAUACAUCCAAUUGUGUAUACGUUUUUGAAAUUUUUUUAUCUAAUUCAAAAGUAAAAUAUAAAUAUUUAUAUAACUAUAUAGAGAAAGGAACUUUUCUAAAUAAAGAAAAUAAUAUAUCAUCUUCUUUACAUAUUAAAGAGAAAAAAUUGUUAUAUUUUACUCCUUAUAAUAUAAUAUAUUUAAAUAAUAAUAAAAAUAUUUUUAAUAGCAGCAUAACCAUAACAAAAGAUAUCAAGUUUAAAUAUAAGAUUUUGAACACCUCAUUUUAUAAGAAUAAUAUUUAUAUGGUCAUAUCGUAUUUUAAUAAAAUCACCGUUUUUAAAAAUGAAGCUAUCUAUUUUGUUUUACAGUAUGAUAGAAAUGGCGAUGUGGUAAGUGAACAAGAGGUAAAUGAAAAGAAGAAAGGGGAAAAUGAAAUGAACAAGGAGGUAAACAAAAUGAAUGAAGAGGUAAACAAAAUGAACGAAGAGGUAAACAAAAUGAACGAAGAGGUAAACAAAAUGAAUAAAGAGGUAAACAAAAUGGACGAAGAGGUAAACAAAAUGAAUAAAGAGGUAAACAAAAUGAAUAAAGAAUCAAAUGAGAUGAAUAAAGAAGCAAAUGAGAUGAAUAAAGAUGAAGAGAAUGAAAAAUAUGAAAAUCAUAAUUAUAAUUAUGAAAACAAUAUUUGUAUAAAUACAAAUGGGUAUGAUAAAAAAGGUGAAGAUGAAGAAAAAUACAAUUUAAAAGAUGAUUAUAUUAGUUACAUUCCCUUCCUUGGGAUUUUAGAAAAUAAUCAUUUUUGUGCUGCUUAUGGUAAGACGUUAACUGUUUUUGAAUAUGUUUCCAAGGUUGUUAUAAAAUAUAAAUAUAUAUUAAAUCAUUCUAUAUAUUUUUUUAAAAGUUGUGAUAAUAAUAUUAUUAUUAUCUAUGAUAAAUAUAAAUUAUAUGUGUAUCAAAUUAUGUUAAAAGGAGAUUCAAAUUUUUGUAUACUUUUAUUAUAUGAAAAAAAAAUGAAUAAUGUAACAAGUCGUGUUAUAUCUGAGGGUUAUAACAUAUAUGAAAGUUAUGAUGGAUUUAUACAAGUAAAUAAGAAGAAUGUAAAAGUAAAUAAAAAUGAUAAAAUAGCGAACUUUAUGUUUUCUUUGUUUAAUCAAGAUAUAGUAUUAAAUGAACAAAAUUCCAAAAAAGAUGUAUCUUUUUUUUAUAUUAAUUUGAUAUAUAUAUAUGUAUUAAAUAAUGAUAAAGUGGAUAUUAUAGUAAUUAACUCUUUGAUAUAUAUGAUUUAUCUUUUUUUUACUUACAAAAAAUAUGAUCUCCUCCUCAUGUUUAUCUUACACCUUUAUAAUGGAGAUGUGUGUGUGCUUAGUGACUUUUCUCUGAAGGAAGAAGAAAAAAAGAUACAAAUUCAAAAAUUGCUUUUUUUUUUUUUCGAGACCCAAAUGCGUGAUAUUAUACAAAAUUAUAAAGAUUAUAAGGAGAAGCAAAUACAUAAUAAUGAUUAUUUUAUAAAAUAUAGAGGUGAUCAAAAUGAGGGUAGAAGACAAGAGAAAGUCCUCAAUAAUAAGGAUAAUAAUGAUAAGAAUGAUAAGAAUGAUAAGAAUGAUAAGAAUGAUAAGAAUGAUAAGAAUGAAAAGAAUGAAAAGAAUGAUUAUGAUAAGCGCAGCGAAUAUAUUUCUUAUGAGUACACACCCUUGAGGGAUAUUACUUACACAGUGUCAUCUUUAUCAAGCACUUUAUCAUGUUCUUUAUCGGGGGAUGAAAAAAAAGAGGAAGACUCCAUUAUGUCCUUGUCUAAGGAAGAUGAUAGGUAUCAUAAAUAUAUUAUAGAUGACCAAGAUAGUUAUAAUUUAUACAGACAUUAUAAUAAUACAAAUCAUUAUGAAUAUAUUAAAAAUAAGAAAGAAGUAAUAUUAAAAGAUGAAGAAGAAGAUAUAUAUAUAAAUAAUAAAAUUAUUAAUAAAGAAUGUAUUGAAGAAUUAAUACACUUAUGUUAUUUAAGCAUAGAACUAAGUAUAAAAUUUAAUAUAAAUUUAUACGAAUAUACAUUCCAUCUUUUCAAAAUAUAUAAUAUAGAAAAUGUAUAUUUUUAUAUAUGUGAACCUUAUAUAAUAAAUAAAAAAAUAUGCCUUACUCAUCACUCUUUAAUAUAUAACUUGGUACAGUAUUUUAAGAGAUUUUAUAGUAUAUUUUGUUUGUAUGAUGAUACAUAUUAUGAUUUGUUCUUGUUCUUUUGUACGUUGCUAACUAGUAAGGGGGGUGAUGAAAUAAUUAAAGGACACAAGGGUAUUAUUCCAACGCAGGGAGAUAAAAAUGAAACGGAUGAGGGAAAUAAAAAUGAAACGGAUGAGGGAGAUAAAAAUGAAACGGAUGAGGGAGAUAAAAAUGAAACGGAUGAGGGAAAUAAAAAUGAAACGGAAGAGAUCUAUAAAAAUGAAACGGAUGAGGGAAAUAAAAAUGAAACGGAAGAGAUCUAUAAAAAUGAUAAUGAUGAUGAUAAUUAUGAUGAUGAUUAUUAUCACCAUUAUGGUGAGCAUCAUCAUUACGACAGUAUCAUGAAUAAUGGAUACCUUACCAAAUUCAUAUUCCUUUUAAAAAUUCAAAAUAAAAGAGAACAUUAUGAACUAAAUUAUCCUCAUAAUCAUAAUACAGUACCUUAUAAGAAGAAAGAAAAAAUGGAUAAUAUGUACCAUAGUAAUUUGAUGAUAUGUGAAGAUAAAAGUAAGGAAUAUAUAAAUGAGGAGUUGAUAACAUUUGACUAUUAUUUUAUUAAUAAAUAUUUAAAUAUAAAAAAAAAUUUUAAACAGAUAAAAAAGAUAUAUUGUUUUAUUUGUAUAAUUAAUAAAUUCUGUAAAUUUUUUGAAAAUAUCAAUCUUGAAAAAAAUUUGGAAAAUAUUAUAUCUUUAUUACCAUUACAUAUAAGUUCCUAUUUAUAUAAUAAACAUAAUGAAGAUAAAACAACGAUAUGUGAAUUUUUUAUAUCUUAUAUGAUAAGAAAAAAGAAUAUAUUUUUUUUCCAAUUUUGUAUAGAUAAUAAUAUAAAGAAUGAGAUGUUUCCUAUAUAUAUACCAAUGUAUAUAUUUAAUAAUUUUUAUCAAACUCAUUUUUUUUUAUAUUAUUUAUAUUGUGUUAUAUUUAAGAAACAGUUUAGUAUUCAUAUGGAUACCUAUGUGAACGAGAAAAGGCACAUGGUUUAUAUUAAGGAUAUGUAUGUUUUAAAAAAAAAACAAAAAAAAAAAGGAAACAAUCAAAAACAAAAUCAUAAUUAUAAUGAUGAUAUAAAUAACAAGGAAAAUAAUAAUAAUAAUAAUGUACCUUUACAUCGUAUUUGUAUUGAUGAUUCAUCGUAUUAUGAUAAAGUAUUCUUUGUUUAUUCUCCUCUUCUUUAUGAGAAGGAACAAAAUUAUGGGAUCAAUAAAAAUAUUGUAACUCUAAUAGAAUAUAUGUGUAAAAGAUAUGAUAAAAAGUGUUUACAUAUAAAAGAGGAAAAAGAUAUUCUCUCCGGUUUGUUCUUUAAAGAAUUGAAUGUGAUAGAAGGAAAUUAUAUGCCUCGUUUUGAAGAAAAUAAAAAUAAAAAUGAUAAAAUAAAAGAUGAUAAUUAUGGAAACAAUGACAAAAGGUGUGGUAAAAAAUGUGUUAAAAAAUGUGAAAAAAAAUGUGAAAAAAAAUGUGAAAAAAAAUGUGAAAAAAAAUGUGAAAAAAAAUGUGAAAAAAAAUGUGAAAAAAAAUGUGAAAAAAAAUGUGAAAAAAAAUGUGAAAAAAAAUGUGAAAAAAAAUGUGAAAAAAAAUGUGAAAAAAAAUGUGAAAAAAAAUGUAAUCACUAUGAUUUGGAUGAAAAAAAAUAUGACCAGCAUGAUCUGUGUGACCAAAAAUAUGACCAGCAUGAUCUGUGUGACCAAAAAUAUGACCAGCAUGAUCUGUGUGACCAAAAAUAUGACCAAACGUGUAACAUCUUGAAUAAUAAUAUAUACUACAAAGACGAAACUAAUCUUACCAUGAGAUUCCCUUUAAAGGUAGAGAAGGAACAUAAUAAUGUCCCUAAUAUGAAUAAUGGCUCUAAUAUUUAUAAAAAUGUUAAUACAUAUAAUAAUUUUGAUAAUAUAAAAAAAAUAGAAAACAUAACAUACGAAGGUGCCAAUAAAUUGGAUAUGUUAAAAAAAGGAGAAAACAUUAAUUUAUUCAUAAAUAAAAUAAAUUGUAAGAGUAAGAUGGAAAAUAUAUUAAAAGAGUUUAAUAUAAAUGAUUUUUUUAAUUUAGAUAAGAAUGGGAUGUUUUUAUUAUUUCAAAUGUCUUUAUCAAAUUGUUUUUAUAUAAUGAAUAAUAUUUUUUUCUUUUAUCAUCACAAUAAUAAUAAUAUGGACAGGAGUAGUAAUUAUUUAAUAAAUAUAUUCAUUGAAAAUAUUCUAGAGUUUUAUAUACAUUUAAAUGUAACAUAUGUUCAUUAUAAAAAUAAAUUAUAUUUUAUAUUACAAGAAAAUGUCGAAAAUUUAAAAGAUAUAUAUAAACAUAUAAUAUAUAAAAUAAAUACAUGUGUUCACUAUGAUGAGAUAAGAAAUUUCGCUUUAAAAAUGAAAAAUUUUAUUAUCAUUUCGUCAGAUAUAAGAAGUGUACAAAAUAAUAAAAUGCUUACAUUAAUUCCAUGGAUUAUUUUUCAGUUAUUUUUUAUUAAAAAUCAUAUGAAGAAAAUUAUACAAUGUACUACAUAUAUGUUUCUCCUCUUCUUUAUUUUUUCGACAGAUUUUUUAUUUGACGAGUGUAUAAAUAUAUAUUUUAUACAUUUGCUUAUGCAAUUUGAAAAUAAGAAAUAUAAAAAAUUUAACCUGGCACACCGUAAUAAUAAUAAUGAUAAUGAUAAUAAUGAUCAUACGGAUCGAAUGCGUAUGCGCUAUUAUGAUGAUAAUAAUAAUAAUAAUGAUCAUACGGAUCGAAUGCGUAUGCGCUAUUAUGAUGAUAAUAAUAAUAAUGAUCAUACGGAUCGAAUGCGUAUGCGCUAUUAUGAUGAUAAUAAUAAUAAUGAUCAUACGGAUCGAAUGCGUAUGCGCUAUUAUGAUCAUCGUCAUAAUAAUAUAAACAUUAGCAUAUUUAAUUACCAACUUUAUAAAAAACAGAAAGAAAAAUUUCAUAAGUUCCUAUCCACUUUUAAUUAUCAAAAGGAUAUUUAUGAUAACAACUUUAUUAAAAUAUUCCAUUUAAAAAAAAAAAACAUUUUCCUUAAAAAAAAAACGAUUUUAUAUAAUCUUGAAAUGUUUAGGAAUGAACUAGAUUUUAAUAUAAUAACAUAUAUUAUGAAAAGGUUAUACUCUUUUGAUCUUUCUUACUUAUUGAAUCUUUUUUCAACAGAUUCUACAUAUAAUCAUAUGGAAAGUCAUAACCCUGAGACAUAUGUAAGAUCAACAAAUACAAAGGAAGAUAUACAGAAAAACUUAUACAUACCGGAUAAGACAAAUUACUCUUUUAAGAAUAUAUGUAAUGUAAAUUAUAAUAAUAAUAAUAAUAAUAAUAAUAAUAAUAAUAAUAAUGAGCAUGCAAAAAAUGGAUCUCCUAAUAAAGAUGUAUAUUGUAAUAUAACAAAUAAAAUUAAUUUAUUGAAUAAAAAAAAAGAAACCAAGAUAAGUAUAUUCAAAGGGGGGCAUAAGCAUGUUGUUAAUAAAAAAAAAAAAAAAAAAGAUAUUCCUUUGAGUAAUAAAAGAAUGGAAAAAAAAAAAAAUAAAAUAAAUAAUAUAUGUUCCAUAAAUUUUUGUAGAAAUCAAUUAAGAUAUAUUUUGUUGUUAUAUGUUAAGAGGUUGAUAAUGGUAUUAGAAGGGUUGAAAAAAAAUGAGCAUGAAAAGAAUGAUGGAAGGAUAUAUAAAGAUAAUAUUAAUAAUGCUGAUGAUAAUAAUGAUGAUGAUAAUAUUAAUGAUGAUGAUAAUAUUAAUGAUGAUGAUAAUAUUAAUGAUGAUGAUAAUAAUAAUGAUGAUGAUAAUAAUAAUGAUGAUAAUAAUGAUGAUAAUAAUAUUAAUAAUGAUAAUAAUGAUGAUGAUAAUAAUAAUAAUAAUAAUAUAUAUAAUAAUUAUUAUCAUAAUAAAAAAGAACUCAUUCUUAAUAUUAUGAAAUAUAUUUUAUUUUUUAGUUGCACAAAAAAAUAUACAAAUGUUUGUCUUCUCUUAUUCGAUUAUUUCGGAUAUUACAAUGUUGUUAUUCAAUAUUAUAAAAAAUAUAAACUAAACGAUUUAUAUGAAUACAUAUAUUUUAAAAUAUAUUCCUUUUAUAAAGAGACACGCUUAAAAAAAAGAAUAUACGGAUAUCUCUUUUAUACAACCUUGUUAAAAAAUAUUACCUCGUUAAAUAAUUUAUUUGUUCAUUAUAUUUUGAAUAAUUAUUUUUUUUUUCAUAGUAAGAGUAUGUACAUGUUGAAAAAAAGGAAAAAAAAAAAAAUACAAAAGGGAAGGAUAUGGAAAAGGGAGGAAAAUGGAGAAAAAAAAAAAAAUGAAAAAAAUGAAAGUGAAAAAAAUGAAAGAAAUGAAAAAAAUGAAAAAAAUGAAAAACACGAAAAACACGAAAAACACGAAAAAAAUGAAAAGAACGGAUCAGUCAACAUGAUCAAGUGUAAGGAUAAGGGAGAUAAAAAUGAUGAACAUAAUAUAGAAAGAUUUGGAAAAAAGCAAAUGAAAGAAUUUAUGGUCAUGUCUUAUCCCGAAAGGACUAUACAAUAUAAAGAAGAAAAUAUUUUAUCGUUUAAAAAUGAUAUAUUAUAUAAUAAGGAUGUUUGUAAUAAUAUAAAUAAAUAUAAUAAUAAAAAAUAUUGUAAGAAUUUAUCAUUGUACCAUGUGAAGAAUUAUUUUUUUCAUAUAUCUCUAUAUUUUAUUAAAAGCUUAUUAUGCUCAAGAAAUAAUUUUAACGAUUUAAUAAAAAUGCGAAUUUAUUUUUUAUUAUUAUAUAAAAUUAAAUUUGUAAGAAAGAUAAAGAGUUAUUUAUUCAAAAAACACUUUGUAAAAUAUAUAGACUUGUUAUGUAAAUAUAAUAAAGAUAAAGUUUAUAAAUGUGUAAAAUCUAUAAAUUGUGAGACAUAUAUUUCGAUAUAUGAAAAGCAUCAUAAUAUAAAUGUUAUAUUAUAUAUUUAUGAGAAGCAGGGUAAAUUUUUUAAAGUUAUACAAAUAUGUUUAAAAGAAAUAAAAAAUAAUAUAUCUAAAUUAUAUAAUAUUUUAAAGAAAUUUUUUAAAAAUAAUAAUAAUAAUAAUAAAAAAAAAAAAAACAAAAAAAAAAAUAUUUAUAUUAAAUCUUUCUUUUUUUCAACAAAGGUAACUUAUGAUGAUAUGUUUUGUAUAAACUUUGAUCAUCAUGUUGAUAUAUACAAUUUUUAUAAAAUCCCCCUGAAAAAAAAAAUUACAAAAUGUUUGUUCUGUUCUUGUAAGGAAAAAACACAACAAAUUGUGAAAGAUAAAAAUUUGUUUAUUCAAAAAAUGUUUGGGGAUUUGAAUUAUAUAUCCAAGGAGAGGUCCUUUUUUUUGGAAUGUUUUGUGAUUAAUAAAAGAAGGAGGGGCAUGGCGACUUGUGUUAGAUCUGAGGAUAUUCCAAAUGUUAUGGAUAUUAAGAAAGGACAUGAUCAUAUGAGUAUAAAUAAAAGUACAAAUGAAUAUUUAAAUAAACGUAAAAAUCAAGAGAAUUAUCAUAAUUUACAAAAUACAUACUGUAAUUUACAUUCUUGUUAUGAGAAAGGUAUCCAUUGGAGUAAUCGAUAUGGAAAAUAUAAUAAUUGUGAAAAUAUUAAGGGACAUAAAAAACGCUUGAUUAAAUCUCGAUGGUUAUUUAUAAUAAAAGAAUACAAUAAUAUAUUUCUAUAUAUAUAUAUGUUAUCCUUUAUUUUAAAAAAGAAUAAAAUAACAAAUAAUAAAAUAAAUGAAUACAUAAUAUCAUAUAUACUUAAUCAAUGCAUAAAUGGUUAUAUAAAUAUACAUGAAAAGGUAAUCAAUUCUACUUUAAAUAAAAAAAAAAAAAAAAAAAAAUUAUUAUUUUUUUUUAAUUAUAUAUUUGAACAAAUUAUUCUUUUUGUUAUUAAUAUUAAUUCUUAUAAUCAUACACAAAAUGUAUGUCAAAAAAUAUUAUCACAAUAUAAACAAAAAUUUGAUAUCAAAUUAAUAAAAAUGCCUAUAAUACAAGUAUUAAAAAAUCUAUGUGAUACUUAUAUGUUUUUUAACGAUACGAAUGAAAUUGCUCAAAAAAACAUUAAAGAAAGUAUGAAAUAUUAUUCUUAUCAAAAAAAAAAAGGACUCAUUAUUAAUUUCGAACAAUCAAAUCAUAAGCAUAAGUUUAAUAUGAACCUAGACAAAAAAAGUUAUGUCCUAUCCUUAAAUAAGCAAAAUUUGAAUCAUACUAUAACAAAAUCGUAUUUCUCUCAACCAAGCAAUAUCAUAUAUAUUUAUAAAUGUGACCAUAGUAAUCACUUUGCUUGUACAAAUUUGUGUUAUGUGUGUGAUUAUGAGUCUGCACAAGAGAUAUAA